AACGUUGAACCCGUAGCGAGGUGUCAAAGUCAGAACCUAGGUUCGAAUGGUUUUUCAGUAGAAAGCCUACGUCGCUAAAUGACUGAGGGAAAGCUGACUUUUGAUAGCACGCCAAAAAAUCCGGCUCCUAGUCACGGUCUGUUUGUCUCUUGAAAAUGCCAUUCAAGAAUUUGCUAGAGGUAGUUCAGAGCUGCGACAAAUUCCCCUAUGAUGAAUCCAUCUCAACCAGCGAAUACCAUUCCACCAUUCCAUUCCGUCUUGGUCCUCAUGUAGUUGGUCGAUUGCUGCCGUCUACCGUGCCCAAGCUGAAGGAGUACAACGACCGCUUCGACAAUUCUCCUUUCGAAAUAAAGGAUUCUCAUAUAACCUUUUCAUCAGGGGUUGAUUCCUUUGAAAAACGCACAGAGGUGGUGAAGGCUCUCUUCGAUACAUGGAGAGAGGAAAAGGCUUUUGUGGCAUUGGCUGGUUGGAGAAAUGAAUUGUAUCCUGUUUACGGAGAUCUUUCCCGCCAAGACAAUGUCGCGUUUGUCAUGGAAAGAGCAGCUACUCCCAUCUUUGGUAUAUCCACCUUCGGCUGUCAUCUCAAUGCUUACACCAAGGAAGAGGACGGCACAAUCAAAAUGUGGAUUGCCCGCCGCUCUAAGACCAAGCAAACAUGGCCUGGGUAUCUGGAUAAUUGUGUCGCCGGUGGAAUUACCUAUAAAUACUCUACUCAUCAGACUAUGGUGAAAGAAUGCGAUGAAGAAGCUAGUAUUCCCCAGCAUAUUGCAGAAAAGUCACGUAACUGCGGAGCCAUCACCUACUUCACCUAUUCUGAGAAUGGACUUCAACCGGAAACACAAUACAUUUUUGAUCUCGAACUGCCUAGCGACGUGACUCCAAAGCCACAGGACGGUGAAGUCGAGUGCUUCUAUCUUUGGACUUUGGACGAGGUAUGGCAUAUAAGCUUGCGUGCAUUGUAGUAGGAGGACCAUGUAAUAACACGUUUGUUGUUAAGAUCAAUCAGAAGAUACUUGAUGGAGAAUUCAAGCUGAACUGUGCUCUUGUCAUUGUCGACUUUUUGAUUCGUCACUCAUUUAUAACAGCCGAUA